UGUGGACAACUGGCAGCCACUUGUGCUGGGAUUGGCUUUCUCUUCUCACUUAUAGGAACCCUCUUAGUCUUUAGGCUCCCUUUCUGUGGCCCCAACAAGGUCAACCACUACUUCUGUGACAUCUCACCAGUCAUCCAGCUUGCCUGUGUUGAUAGCAACAUCAAUGAACUGGUCAUCUUCAUUGGUGGAGUUCUAGCCCUCAUGGUUCCCAUGACUUUCAUUUGCAUCUCUUAUGGCUUCAUUGUCCGCACCAUCCUGAAAAUUCCAUCAGCUGAAGGCAAGCAAAAAGCUUUCUCUACUUGUGCCUCCCAUCUCACUGUGGUUAUUGUCCAUUAUGGCUGUGCUUCCUUUGUCUACCUGAGACCAUCAUCCAAGUUCUCAUCCAGCAAAGAUAGGCUGGUAACAGUUACCUAUACAGUUAUUACUCCAUUAUUAAGCCCCAUGGUGUAUAGCCUCAGGAACAAGGAUGUCCAGAUGGCCAUUCAGAAAGUGAUUAGUGGAGGAGGGUUUUAUCCUAAAGCUCUGUAA